UGUUAUAAAGGUCAGAGAGAGAGGGUGUGAGGUGGAGAGAGAGAAAGAUAGAGGCAGUUUGAGGAAAGCCUGACUACAAAAGUAAACCAGACAGAAAAAGUAAACCAGAGAGAGUACUUGUUCUGAUCUUAUAAUAAUUCUGAAUAAAUGGACAGUUCUGCAAUGGACAGUGAGAUGGAUGGAAAAAAGAGCAUGGAUGCCGCAGGAGAAUCCCAUGAGGAAGACAGACAAAGUGGACAGGACACAGAGCCUUUAAGUGACACGGCAGGCAGGACUAAUGAGGAGAGCGGAGAAGAAGAGCCAACUCCACAAGCCAUCAAGAGAGAAAGUGAGGGUGAGGGUGAAGGUGAUAGUAAUGAAAACAAAGAUGGAAUGAAAGAGAUUGAGACACAAACAGAGAAGAAAGAAAGUGAUGAAAAGGAAACGGAGAUAAACACAAAUGAAACAGGAAAUGAAGAAGUAGUCAGUGAGAAUAAAGAGAAUGUUGAACAGGAGCAGGAAAAAGAGAGCAGUGAAGCUGAAACUAAACCUGAUGAAAAAAGUGUAAAAGAAGAGAAAACAGACGAGAAAGAGAAAAUUGCUGACUCUGAAAACCUGGCUUCAAUGGCAGCAGAGACGGAAAUAAAAGGCAAAGAUGAAGCAAAGGCUGAGGUAAAGAAAACAAACACCAGAGAUAAACAAGAGAAGACUAAAGGAAAGAGUGGAGUUGCACCUUCCUCCUCUGUCGCCAGACCCUCUAUGCAGAUGUCUUCUCGCCAGCGCAGUGCCAGGCCUUCAGCCAGAAGAGACGCCAUGGCAAAGUUUCAACAAGAUACGACUCCAGCGGUUCGCAACUUUAAGGUACAGAAGACCUCUAUGGGCAUGUCUGUUGGGGCAUCAAUCAAACAGAAAAUCCUCCACUGGUGUUACAGCAAGACACGGGGCUAUGAGGGUGUUUCCAUAGAGAACUUUUCCUCAUCCUGGAGCGAUGGCCUGGCCUUCUGUGCACUCAUUCACCGUUUCUUCCCCUCUGCUUUUGACUUCUCCUCUCUGAAAGCCAGUGAGAGAGAGAAGAACUUCACCCUGGCUUUCAGCAUGGCAGAAUCACUUGCUGGCUGCUGCCCUCUCCUGGAUGUAUCAGAUAUGGUACUAAUGGGGAGCAAACCAGACCCUUUCAGUGUAUUUACCUAUGUUCAGUCCCUCUGCCAACACCUCUCCAAAAUUGAGCAAGAGAGAAGGGAGCAAAAGAAGGCAGAGGAAAGCAAGAAACAGGGUGAGGCUGAAAACAAGGUCGAACAAGGAGAGGAAGCAGGGGGAACAGAAGAACAAGAAGAACAAGACAAUGCUGUGGAGGAAGAAGAACAAAAAGAAGAGGGGACUGCAGAUGAAGAGAAAGGUGGCACUGAGGAAGAAAGCAGCACACAGGAGGAGACAAAUCAAACCGCAGAAGAGGCGAUCGCAGACCCAGCAGCUGAGACUUGAUGUAAAUAAUUGAAGUAAAUCGAGAAAUACACUAGACAAGAUUGCAAGAUUUUUCUCACAGUAUUAAUCAUUUUGUGAUCAAUGUUUUGCAAAGAGUGGUGACUGUUUAAUGUGCUUAGCUGUAUUAUGUAUUAACUGUAUACUAUCAUGUAUGUAAAAUCUGUUAUUCUGACCUUUGAUGAUAUAUCUAUUUUUUAUGUAAAUA